UCGACUUUCGUAAAUACGCCCAGACCUUCCACCCACAGGCGAAGUUCCUCAGGUGCCCCAGCAAGCCCGGGGCGCUGGGAGCCGUGGACCCUGCAAUUCCGGGCGUUUUCACCAGGUAGCGCUAGGAGCGCUCCCCAGGCGCCUGCCCAGCGUCCCUCCCCGGAAGCAAAGCUCCCCGUGCACCCCGUCCCUCCGGCCUCCUCCACCCGCGGGCGCACAGGCCCUAAUCUCCGGCGUUGAAGCCCGCGGCGGGGCAGGAUGGGCAGGAGUGCAGAGCUGUGGAGUCCGCGGGCCGGGUGAAGACCGGCGAGCAGCUGCCGGGGCAGGACAGUUCGGCGCUCGCAGCCACGCGCGGGCGGGCCGUGGGCGCGCAGCGCCGAGACGCGCAGGUCCGGGCCCCCGGCGGCUGGUGCUUACGGGGCGCAGACGUCAGCGAGCCCGCGGCCUAAGACGCGGCGCCUGGCUGCCGCUGUCCCCUGGCCUCCUCCUUUCAAGGUCGGCAGGGCCAGGCCCGAGCGCCCACCGACGGCACCCUGGGCCCGGAGCACUCGCGGGCCUCCUCCCGGAUGAUUCAGAAGUCCCGGCCCGCGCUGCUGCCACCCCAAGAUGUCGGAGACACGGUGGAAACGCUUAUGUUACAUCCGGCGAUCAAGGCUUUCCUGUGUGGCUCCAUCAGUGGGACCUGCUCUACCCUCCUUUUCCAACCUCUGGAUCUCCUGAAAACACGCCUGCAGACUCUCCAGCCCUCAGACCAUGGGUCUAGACGAGUUGGGAUGUUGGCUAUACUCUUGAAGGUGGUUCGCACAGAGAGUCUUCUGGGCCUUUGGAAAGGGAUGUCCCCUUCCAUUGUGCGAUGUGUCCCUGGUGUUGGAAUCUACUUUGGCACUCUCUACUCUUUGAAGCAGUAUUUCUUGCGAGGCCAUCCCCCGACUGCCCUGGAGUCGGUCAUACUGGGGGUGGGCUCUCGCUCUGUUGCAGGAGUCUGCAUGUCGCCUAUCACUGUGGUCAAGACACGUUACGAGAGUGGGAAGUAUGGCUAUGACAGUAUCUAUGCCGCCCUGAGGAGCAUCUAUCGCAGCGAGGGGCACCGGGGCCUCUUCAGUGGCUUGACAGCGACUCUCCUUCGUGACGCGCCUUUUUCAGGAAUCUACCUGAUGUUUUACAACCAGACCAAAAACAUAGUGCCCCACGACCAAUUGGAUGCAACGCUUAUUCCUGUUGUGAAUUUCGGCUGUGGGAUAUUUGCUGGUAUUCUGGCUUCACUGGCAACUCAACCUGCAGAUGUUAUCAAAACUCAUAUGCAGCUCUCCCCAGUGAAGUUUCAGUGGAUUGGCCAAGCAGUGACACUCAUUUUCAAAGACUAUGGACUUCGUGGCUUCUUCCAAGGCGGUGUCCCCCGGGCCCUCCGCAGAACUCUGAUGGCAGCAAUGGCAUGGACGGUGUAUGAAGAGAUGAUGGCCAAGAUGGGCCUGAAGUCCUGACCAAGAGAGCGCUGGGAAAGGGUGGAAUCUAUUGCCCUGCUUGGUUUCUGCCAAGGGCUGCUGCUUCUCACUAUCCUGGAGUAAGAGGUAGACCUGUAUGGAAACCAGGCAGAAAUGGCAUUGCCUUUGCCUUCGGUAACCCCAUUCAGGGAGAGAAUAGAUGAACCUGACUCAAGCCUUCAGAAUCUCCCAGAAGAGGAGCCAUCAAUACACACAGCACACAGGGGAGUUAGGAGAAAGCUUUGCAUACCCUCGAGGCUACUUGCAAAGGCGGUUCUGGGGAGGGCUUUGUCAGGCAGCUCUGAUUUAGUCUCCCCACCGUACACCGUACACCGUGGUGCCUCCUUGGGGACGUUCUUGGGCAAGGAAUCACAAAGCCUGAGAAGCUACAGCUGGGGAAGACUGGAUCUGAGGGGAGGAGUCAUUGUCACCAGGCUGAAGACUCUGAGGUGGUGGCAGGAUGAGGAAGAAAAGAUGUCCUUAUUUAGUGGAUUCCUAGUCAACUUCUCAGAGGCUCUGGAGAAUGGGGACAGUGGCUUCCUAGCUUCUAAAUGUCCAAAUAAAAUUUUUUGGUUUUGGUCCCUGUACUGUUUAACCUCUAAGUUGUUCUGACAUUUUUUUUCCAACUAAAGUUCAAAUAAAGUGAAGUACUAUAUUGUUGAAAGUUGUUGGGAAAACCUAAAUAGUGUUAUUGCUGUAUUUUAAAAUCACAAAAUAGUUCUAGGGUGGCUGGCUCUAGACCUUUAUAAGUCCCUAAAACCUAUUUUUUUUUUAAACAGCCUUAUUUUACAUAUUAUAACAAUUCACCUGUUUCAAGUCUACAGUGAUUUUUAGUAACUUUACUAAAUGGUGUAACCAUCACCAUAAAUCAGUUUGAGAAUAUUUUCAUCCUCCAGUAAGAUCUCAUAUAAUUAAUCCUCACUCCCAGGCCAGCUCACCACAGAUCUAUUUUCUGUCUUUAUAAAUUUCCCUUUUCUGGAUACUUCAUGUAAGUGGAAUCAUACAAUAUGUAGUCUCUUGUGUCUAGCUUCUACUUUGCGUAAUGUUUUUGAGGUUCAUCCACGAUGUGGCAGGUACAAUACUUAUUUUUUAUGGCUGAAUAAUAUUCUAUUGUGUGUAUAUACUAUAUUUUAUUUAUCCAUCAGUUGAUGAAUAGUAUGGUUGUUUCUACUUUGGGACUAUUAUGUAUAAUGCUGCUAUAAAUAUUCAUGUGCAAG